AUGUUGUCAAGGCUGCCGGGGUUCCCGCUGCGGGUAUUCUUACCCGAAUCAUCGUUACAUCGGCUACUAAAUUGCCCGUGGAGCUGGGAAUUUAAUGAGCUGGCAUUGGUGCGGGGACGGAGGCGUUGCGGCGCUGGAAGCGUGGCAGACUUGGUCAGGUUGAAGGCUUGUUCGGUUGUGGACACCAGAAUGGAGUGGCUGGAUUCCUCGGAGAGCGUACCGCCGGAAACGUCCGACGAUGUGGCGCACGGGCGCCCUCGUCGCCCCCGCCUCCUCGGUAUAUUCGGCGCCCGAUUUUGGGCGCCGGAUUUGGCCCCGUUGGAGCAGCUCAACAAGCCGCCGGUGGGUGCAGGUGAGUCGGAAUCGGGGUCAUCCGUCCCGUCGAGA